AUGAAGAGCUCCGUAAACAGCCCGAGUGACCUUCUCUUCCUGAAUUUCAACCAGGACGCCUCAUGCAUCAGCGUUGGCACUCGCCAAGGGUUUGGUAUCUACAACUGUGAACCUUUCAGCAAGUGCUUCCAGGAAGAUAUUGGGGGCAUCGGGAUCGCUGAGAUGCUGUAUUGUACCAGUCUUGUGGCUCUGGUUGGUGCUGGAGAUCAGCCUGCGUUCUCACCGCGUCGACUGCGUGUGUGGAACACCAAGACAGGAGCAGCGAUAUGUGACUUGAACUUUGUCACGGCCGUGUUGGCCGUGCGUAUGAACCGACAGAGGUUGAUUGCAGUACUGGAGCGCAAGAUUUACAUCUUUGACAUUAGUACCAUGAAGAUUCUGGAGACGUUGGACACGUCCCCGAAUCCAAAAGCGUUGUGCGUGCUCUCUCCGCACGACAAUGGACAUCUAGCUUUCCCCUCUGGAGCUAUGCCAGGAGAGAUCGUGCUGUAUGAUGCCAACAAUCUUGGUGUGCUGAACGCAUUUCAGGCACAUCGCACGGCACCCGUGUCGAUGGCAUUCAACAUUCAAAGCACACUACUUGCAACAGCUUCCGAGUCGGGAACACUGAUCCGCGUGUUUGCCGUUCCAAGUGGGACGAAAGUUGCGGCCUUUCGACGAGGGUCCUAUGGUGCUCAAGUCUACUGUCUAGCCUUCAACGAGAGCUCCACGAUUCUGUGUGCUUCGAGUGACACAGGUACCAUCCACUUCUUCUCUCUAACUGGGGCGGAAAGUUCGGCUACAGGUAGCUUCGGCCAUUUCACGCCGAUCACGUUUACACUGGCUGUCGCUGGAAGCACCUUCGGCUCCACGGUCUUUGGCAGUGCUGCUGCUCCAUCCAGCUCGGUCCCAACAACCGUUGACUCUUCGCCUGGCAAACCCUCGGCAAAUGCUGUCAACGUCAGUACCACGACACGGACGACGCGUAGUACCAGCUCUGCUGUCAGUAAUUUCGAUGAUGUGGCUGGCGUCAUGAGCGCCUACCUUCCCAGCUCUUUUUCGGGUAUCGCCGAAGGAACUCGUGAUUUCGCUUAUGCUCGACUUCGCUCAACUGGAGUACCGAAUCAGUGUGCGAUCCACGGUCCUAGGGACAACGAUAACCCGAUUGUACAGUUAUAUGUCGCAACUGCCGACGGCUACUUUUACGAGUACUCGCUGAACCUUACUAUCGGAGGCAAAUGCAAGCUGGAACGGGAAAACGUCAUUCGCGAUAGCACGUCCGAAGAGAUCGAGGCCAUCUACAUGUCGUAG